UGCAGGAUAAAAGGUUAACAGAGAUCCAACAGAUUCCCUGAUUUUACCGGUGACCUCAGAGUAAUCAAAAUGACACACAACGAAGAGAGAGCUCACUGGGUGAAGGAAGGCGCCAUUGGUUUAGGGGUUGGAGUUCUCUAUGGCCUCACCAAUACAUGUGUGGGACAUCCCUUUGAUACCAUCAAAACAAAAAUGCAGGGACAGGUUGGCUAUGAGAAAACCAACAUGUUCCAGACUCUGACAAAGACACUGCGUACACAGGGUGUUAUCGGUUUGUACAGGGGAUGUAUACCACCGCUUUGGGGCUCAGGGAUCUACAGGUCAACCCAGUUUGCUGUGUUUGAAGCGAUGUAUACCUACUUUGACAAUCCUGUAGGCCGCCAUGAGAUUCCCGGACUAGCUGGAUUACAAUUGAGAGUUGUGGGUGCUGGUGUUAUCGCUUCUACUUCCCGAGCUAUCAUAGAGACACCCCUCGAGUAUGCAAAGGUGAGACGCCAGACACAACAAACAUGGCAACUCCGAAAGGUUUACACAGGCUUUGGAGUGACCUGGGCCAGGACCAUUGGACUUAUGACUACCUACUUUAUGUUGGUGGAUUCUAUCCGGCGACAUUUCCCCGAUCUCUUCAAACAGCCAAUCCUCGGCCCCUUCCUCACAUCUGGCUUGGCAGCAACUGCAGCUUGGUGGAUUGUUUGGCCACUUGAGUACAUGAAAUGUCAAGUCCAGGCUGACUAUGGAAAUAAAAUGUCAGUCUUGCAGAGGAUGAAGCUUAUAAUCAGAGAGAGGGGAGGAUUCUUUGCUUUAUAUCGUGGAAUCAUGCCCGGCACAAUUCGUAGCUUCCUGGCCAAUGGAACAAGCAUGAUUGUGAUGUCAUAUGCACAGAAAAAGGUUUCCGAAAUGGGACUGCGUGACUCCUGAAGCAAGUCACCAUCUCACAUAUGGUUUUUUGAGAUUUUUCUAAGAUAUGACAUUUUUACAGCUCAAAAUGAUCAAAAUAUUUGUUUGAAUAAGAAAUGAUAUGCCAUCUAACUUUCAACAUUCCACAACACUGUGGUAUGGUUAUAUCUUUUGAAACAGAAAUACAAUAUUAUUGACAACCAUUCUUUUCUCUACAUAGAAAUAUAUCACAAGUUUUGGAUAUAGUAGCCUCAUUUAAUCUUCCUUGUUACAAAAUGUUUUACCAUGACAACACUUUAGAAAUGAAAUUUAUCUUUCUAUCAAGUGUUAUUUUUUUUUAAACUGAAGUUGUUAUACAAUUGUUUUGUAUCAUUUAAGUAUGAAUGUGAUAUUAUGAUGUACCAAUAUUGAAGAUGUUUUUGGUUAACAUUUUUCAAUGCAAAAAACUUUGUUUUUUUUCUGUUUUUAGAGUUUGUAAAUUAUGGAGGGGUAUUGAAAACUCAACGCUUUGAUGUCAUAUUUACAUAUUGUAUGAUUUUGUUUUGUUUUUAAUUUUGAUAUUAUCAGGUAGUGUGGUUUUAUUAACCUCAUUCUCACUGCUCCUGUACUUUAACUAUAUAACCGGUAAACAGGCAGUAUUCACCAAAGACAACAAUGUUCACCAAUAUAAUUUUACGAAGGCAACACCAUGGAAUUACAAAAAACUAUCUUUUACUAUCGAAUAUUACUUUUAGAAAAACAUAACUUGUUAUACAAUUGUUUUGUAUUUUUUAUGUAUGAAUAUGUUAUCAUUAUGUACUGAUAUUGAAGGAUGGAUGUUUUUGGCAAGUGUUUUAUCUGUAAAUAACUUUGAGAUUAUUUGUUUUUUCUUCAGAAUUUUACUUUAAGGAGUUUGUAAAUUAUGGAGGGGUAUUAAACCUCAACGUUUUGAUGUCAUAUUUACAUAUUUUAUAAUUUCUGUUUUGUUUUUAAUUUUGAUAUUAUCAAGCCAGGUAGUGUGGCUUUAUUAACCUCCUUCUCACUGCUCCUUUACUUUAACUAUAUAACCGGUAAACAGUCCUUUACUUUAACUAUAUAACCGGUAAAUAGUCCUUUACUUUAACUAUAUAACCGGUAAACAGUCCUUUACUUUGACUAUAUAACCAGUAAACAGUCCUUUACUUUAACUAUAUAACCAGUAAACAGUCCUUUACUUUACUAUAUAACCAGUAUACAGUCCUUUACUUUUUACUAUAUAACCGGUAAACAGUCCUUUACUUUUACUAUAUAACCGGUAAACAGUCCUUUACUUUAAAUAUAUAACCAGUAAACAGUCCUUUACUUUUUACUAUAUAACCAGUAAACAGUCCUUUACUUUUACUAUAUAACCAGUAAACAGUCCUUUACUUUUAACUAUAUAACCGGUAAACAGUCCUUUACUUUUUACUAUAUAACCAGUAAACAGUCCUUUACUUUAACUAUAUAACCAGUAAACAGUCCUUUACUUUAAAUAUAUAACCGGUAAACAGUCCUUUACUUUAACUAUAUAACCGGUAAACAGUCCUUUACUUUUACUAUAUAACCGGUAAACAGUCCUUUACUUUAACUAUAUAACCGGUAAACAGUCCUUUACUUUAACUAUAUAACCGGUAAACAGUCCUUUACUUUAACUAUAUAACCGGUAAACAGUCCUUUACUUUAACUAUAUAACCGGUAAACAGUCCUUUACUUUAACUAUAUAACCGGUAAACAGUCCUUUACUUUAACUAUAUAACCGGUAAACAGUCCUUUACUUUUACUGUAUAACCGGUAAACAGUCCUUUACUUUAACUAUAUAACCGGUAAACAGUCCUUUACUUUAACUAUAUAACCGGUAAACAGUCCUUUACUUUAACUAUAUAACCGGUAAACAGUCCUUUACUUUUUACUGUAUUACCGGUAAACAGUCCUUUACUUUUUACUAUAUAACCGGUAAACAGUCCUUUACUUUAACUAUAUAACCGGUAAAUAGUCCUUUACUUUAACUAUAUAACCGGUAAACAGUCCUUUACUUUAACUAUAUAACCAGUAAACAGUCCUUUAUUUUAACUAUAUAACUGGUAAACAGUCCUUUACUUUAACUAUAUAACCGGUAAACAGUCCUUUACUUUAACUAUAUAACCGAUAAACAGACAGUAUUCAACAAAGAGAACAAUGUGCAAUGUUAUUGUUAAAGUACAUUUCCUGGAUCAACUUGUGGGGUUUAAUCUUUUGUCCGUUAACUUCUGGCCCACAGUGGGGUGUGGGUUGAGUUUCCUUUUGUCCGUUAUCUUGUGGGGUUGAGGGUUGAGUUUCAUUUUGUCGGUUAUCUUGUAGGAUUGAGUUUGCUUUUGUCUGUUAACUUGUAGGUUGAGGGUUGAGUUUCUAUUUGUCUGUUAUCUUGUGGGGUGUGGGUUGAGUUUCAUUUUGUCUGUUAAAUUGUGGGGUGCGAGUUGAAUUUCGUUUUAUUAAUUUUCCUCUCUGUGCACAGAAAGGUUUAAUUUGAGCAUAAUUUGACCACAUUGAAAUCUAAAGAGCAUUUAUCAAAUAACAUAUUACUGCAAUGAUGACUUUGUUCACCAACAUUUUUUUCCUUAGAACGGGUAUAUAUUGAAACCAUACUUAGCGCAAUAUUUCUAGAGCACAAGUAAGAUUACCACUAAGUUGUGUAUAUGAACAGCUGUCAGUCAUUUAGUAAUUUUUUUUAAUUAUAACUCUGAAUUUGUAUUUACUGUAAUAACCAAGAUGAAAUUAUAACUAUUUUCUAGAUUUUAGAAAUAAGUUCUCACAAGUGCAUGGCUGAAAUAACUUUAAAUGUUAAAUGUAAAGCUGACUGAAUACAGGAGACUUUCCUACCAAUAAAAUUUUUCAGUUGGAAAUAUCCAGAAUAAACUUUACAAUAACAUUAAAAGAAAAUAAAUCUCAAUAUGUUGGUUUCAUAUCAGUUGCAAAUUUACAUGUCAGAAUCUCAUUGUUUGUCUCAUGGUCCUAAUACUUGUUUUAUUAAGUCGAUGAAAUGUUGUUUCUCAUUUUAUAUAUCAAUAUUUACAUGAUAAUGCAGCAUUAUUCUACCCUGUGUGAUAUACUGCCUUGUUGAUAUGUAAAAAUCCAUGUAUUUAUACUUAUAUACCUGUACUCUUAGACUAAGUGUGUGAUGUGAUCUUUUUUAUACAAAUAUUUUAUUAACUGAUGUAAGUUGUUUUUCUCAAAUUGCACAUAAAAUUCACUGCUUGUAUAUUUUUUGAAGGCAGGUUGUUUAUAUAUUCUUUGUCAAUCCUGAUAAGCAAUGCUUUUUAGUGCUAUUUCUUAGUUCUAUGGGAAUGGGAAUUUUUGACAUGCAUGUUGCCAUGGUCACUUGCAUUAGGAAUGAUCAGAAACUAAGAUGGCUAACAAUUAAGUAGACAACUUCGAUUUUGUAAGCUAAAGUUUGUAAAUAGAAAGUAUUAGUUUAAAAGGGACUUCCUCAAAUCACACACAAGUUCUUCUUUGUUACAGUUGUGCAUUGUUUUUUUUUUUAGCUCACCUGGACCGAAGGUCCGGUGAGCUUAUGUCAUGGCGCAGCGUCCGUCGUCCGUCCGUCGUCCGUCAACAUUUGCUUCA